UUGAUAUGGUAGGAGUAAUAGAUACCUAAAAUCAUUGUUAAUUCUGUCAUAGGUGUGGUCGUUUUCACCUGAGAUUCCCUCAUACUCAGGUGUGUUUAGCAAAAACAAGGGAAUUACAAUGUCGGAGACAGACAGUGGUGGUGUACCAAAGGAGGCAGGGGAUUCUUCUGAUUUAAGCUCAUCAUUUGUAACAAAGAUCAAUGUCACUUCUGAAGGAGCUGCAAAUGGUCAUGUGACAGGAAAGGUCAACGGUGAGGUCAUUGUAAAUGGACACUCUGACUCCUCUAAUGAAGCUAAUGAUAAUAAAGAGGUACCUUCUACAGAAAAUGUAAAAGUAGAGGAAAUUACUCAAAAUGGAAGUGUAUUGACCGAAGAAGUUGAAUCUGUUUCCAUGGAAACUGAUGAAAUUAAUACCAGUAAAAAUGGAACUGAUGAAGAAAUCAGAACAAAAGGAGAUGUGACCACUGAAGAACCAAAAACUAAUGAAAAUGUGACCACCGAAGAACCAAAAAAUAAUGACAAUGAGACCUGUGAAAAAACUGCUGCAGAAACUAAAAGCAAUGACAAUCAGACCUCUGAAAAAAUAAACACAAAUGAAAAUUUGGUAACGGAAGAAAAUAGAACAAACACGCUGCAAGAAAUAGAUCUGGAAAAUAAAAAUGAGAACAAAAAUGUUGAAGAAAUAGUAUCAGAGACAAAAACUGUUGAAAUAACAAAAACAGUACAGGAAGAGAAGGAACAAGUAGAAAAUGAUGUUGUUAUGCAGAAAGAGAUAUAUGCACCAAAGCCUACUAUUUUGUCAGUUGAAGGAAUAGAUGAAGUAGUCCUUGCUGACUCUUGGUCUACAACAAAACGUGAUGGCACUGUCAAAAUACGCAUGGGAACUAAAGGGAACCAGGCCGAUCAACCAGUUACAUUAAUAACUGUGUUUAAAAAGACUUCCGAGAGAGCUCCAAAUCACUUAGCAUUAGCUGUAAAAAGAGAUAGUACUUGGAAGAAAUGGACCUACCAACAAUACUAUGCUGAUGUGUGUGCUGCAGCCAAGUCGUUCAUUAAACUUGGUCUUGAACCAUAUCAUGGUGUUGGAAUAUUGGGAUUUAACUCUCCAGAGUGGUUGAUUUCAGACUUGGGAUGUAUAUUUGCUGGAGGGUUUGCCACAGGAAUCUAUGCCACAAACACACCAGAGGCUGUAGAAUAUGUGGCAAUGCACAGUGAGGCAAAUGUAUUAGUAGUAGAAAACAAUCAACAGUUACAGAAAAUACUGAAAGUGUGGCCAAAUCUGCCUUGUCUAAAGGCUGUAGUACAAUACACAGGAGAGGUGGCUGAGAGAAAGGAUAAUGUAUAUAGUUGGGAUGAGUUUAUGAAAGUUGGACAGGAUGUUACAGAUGAACAAUUACAGGAAAGAAUUAAUUUAGCCAAACCAAAUAAAUGUUGUACAUUGAUAUAUACUUCUGGAACUACAGGAGAUCCAAAAGGAGUGAUGUUAAGUCAUGAUAAUAUGGUAUGGACAGCUAGUGCUUUUGCCAAAACAUUUGGUUUACAUUACGAGGAGGAAGUCAUCGUUAGCUAUCUCCCUUUAAGUCAUGUUGCUGCUCAGAUGGUUGACUUAACUUUUCCUGUUUCCUACGGUGCAUCUGUAUACUUUGCACGACCAGAUGCUUUAAAGGGAAGUCUGUUAGGAACACUGCAGGAGGUUAGACCAACAGGAUUUUUUGGAGUUCCACGUGUUUGGGAAAAAUUUUAUGAAGGCAUAAAGGCCAAGGCUCGUAGCUCUGGUGCUUUAAAGAAAAAAAUUGGCAUGUGGGCUAAAGGUGUUGGAUUAAAAGGAUCUCUUGCAUUGAUGAACAAACAGUCUAUGCCCUUUGGAUGGGGACUUGCCAACACUUUAGUCUUCAAGAAAGCUAGAACAGCCCUUGGAUUAGAUAGGUGUCGGUUCUUCAUGUCAGGAGCAGCCCCCAUCAUGAAGGAAACAUUGGAGUUUUUCUACAGUUUGAACAUGCAGCUUCAUGAAGUUUAUGGAAUGAGUGAAAGUACAGGACCACACACAGUAGGAUGUAAUGAAGACUUCAAAAUCUGUAGUGUAGGACAUAAUUUUCCUGGAUCUGAAACAAAGUUAGCUAACCCUGAUGAAGAUGGAAAUGGAGAAAUCUGUAUGUGGGGAAGACAUGUAUUUAUGGGAUAUUUAAAUGCACCAGAAAAAAAUAAGGAAGUUUUUGAUGAAGAACAUUGGUUAAAAACAGGUGAUCUAGGAAAACAUGAUGAACAAGGAUUCCUUUUCAUUACUGGAAGAAUUAAAGAACUAAUCAUAACAGCUGGAGGGGAGAAUAUUGCUCCUGUACCAAUGGAGGAUGCCGUGAAAGAAGCUUUACCCUGUAUCAAUAACUGUAUGUUAAUAGGAGAUAAAAGAAAGUUCCUGUCCAUGAUUUUAUGUCUGAAGGUGGAUAUAAAUCCAGAUACAGCUGAGCCCAGUAACAAUCUUACCACAGACUGUAAGGAUUGGUGUAAAAGUAUUGGAAGUGAGGCUACAACCGUGGAGGAUAUAAUAGACAAGAAAGAUGCUGUGGUGCUGAAGGCAAUCCAAGAUGGUAUUGACAGAGCUAAUGCAAAAUCAGUGUCCAGAGCAGCAAAAGUACAAAAAUGGUCAAUCAUUCCUAGAGACUUCUCUAUUCCUGGUGGUGAAUUAGGUCCUACAUUGAAAUUGAGACGUCCAGUGGUAACAAAGAUGUAUAAAAAGACAAUUGAUGCUUUCUACACUGAGGCAGAGGACAAAUAGAUGACACCAUAGAAACCAAUGGUUGUGAUUACAGUCGGAAGAGGAGAAGAAUUAGGAUCAAAUUGUUGGUACAAAAUCAGGGUACACAAUCAACUGAUCUCAGGAGGUGUGAUCUUCUUACUCAGGCUAAAAUAAAAACAUGUGGGAUUUUCUUUUGAGCCUUUGUACUGCUUAAAGUUCUCCAGCAGGUCAAACUCAGCCUUGUUAGUAUAUAUUUUAGUUAUAAAAUUUUUUAGUCUGCCAAAAAAUAUGUGUAAAAUAAAGCUAGAUUUAAAAAAAAGGAGUAGUUUUGUUAAAAACCUUUUUUGUUGGCCCUGGGAGUUUGAAAACUACAAAGUACUUUAAAUCUAUAAAAUCUGUAGAUAUUAGCUAUAAUAGAUUUUUAAUUUUGCAUUUUAUAUAUUCACUGUAAGCCUUCAAAUUUCUUGUAAUUAUACAAAUAUAUAUAUAUAUAUAUAUUGCUACAGUUACCUCUUUUUGAGAUUGUCACUAAUAUUAUGUUGAUAUGAACAACAGCCUUACACAAACCAUGAUUAGAAUUUGGUAAAACUACCUGCAAGGUAUUUGCUAUGUAUAACUACCUGCAAGGUAUUUACUAUGUAUAACUACCUGCAAGGUAUUUACUAUGUAUAACUACCUGCAAGGUAUUUACUAUGUAUAACUACCUGCAAGGUAUUUGCUAUGUAUAACUACCUGCAAGGUAUUUACUAUGUAUAACUACCUGCAAGGUACUUACUAUAUAUAACUACCUGCAAGGUAUUUACUAUGUAUAACUACCUGCAAGGUAUUUGCUACUUUUUCUCACUGAACAGAUACCAAUAACUUUAAACUUUUUUUUCUUUUUUUUCUUUUUUUGUUCUUUACCUUUUAUUGCUAAGCUACCAGCAAACAUUUCACCUUUUAUUUGCUAAGCUACCAGCAAACAUUUCACCUUUUAUUUGCUAAGCUACCACCAAUUAUUUUACCUUUAUUCCCUUAGUUACCACCAUUCAAUUGAUUGAAAAUUGUCAAAACCCUGGUAUCAAGAAAACCACCAUAUAAAGGGUUAAAUAUGAGAUGUGAUAUAUAUCGGCAAAUACUCCCUUUUUUUUAAAUUUGCUGGAGAGGCUGUUUUGAAUAUUGAACAGUGUUGUUAUUGACAAUCUGAUCUUUGUUGUAUUAUAAACUCUUUGGGCAUUAUAUUGUGGAGCUAAUGGAAAAUGGUAUUCUUUUAAAUAUCAGAAACUAUAUAAAGCUUUGCACAGUUUUGUACUACAUGUUUGCAUCUUUCAAAUUCAUAUAUCAUUUUUGUCGAGCCUGCGACUUUUGUCGCAGAAAGCUCGACAUAGGGAUAGUGAUCCGGCGGCGGCGGCGGCGGCGUUAGCUAACUUCUUAAAAGCUUUAUAUUUUAGAAGGUGGAAGGUCUGGAUGCUUCAUACUUUGUAUAUGGAUGCCUCAUGUUACGAAGUUUCCGUCAGUCACAUGUCCAAUGUCCUUGACCUCAUUUUCAUGGUUCAGUGACUACUUGAAAAAAAAGUUCAGAUUUUUUGUAAUGUUAGAUUCUCUCUUAUUAUAAGUAAUAGGAUAACUAUAUUUGGUAUGUGCGUACCUUGCAAGGUCCUCAUGCCCGUCAGACAGUUUUCACUUGACCUCGACCUCAUUUUAUGGAUCAGUGAACAAGGUUAAGUUUUGGUGGUCAAGUCCAUAUCUCAGAUACUAUAAGCAAUAGGUCUUGUAUAUUCGGUGUAUGGAAGGACUGUAAGGUGUACAUGUCCAACUGGCAGGUGUCAUCUGACCUUGACCUCAUUUCAUGGUUCAGUGGUUAUAGUUAAGUUUUUGUGUUUUGGUCUGUUUUUCUUAUACUGUAUGCCAUAGGUCUACUUUAUUUGGUGUAUGGAAUGAUUGUAAGGUGAACAUGUCUAGUGGGCAGGUGUCAUCUGACCUUGACCUCAUUUUCAUGGUUCAGUGGUCAAAGUUAAGUUUUUGAGUUUUGGUCUUUUUUUCUAAUACUAUAUGCAAUAGUUCAACUAUAUUUGGUAUGUGCGUACCUUGCAAGGUCCUCAUGCCCGUCAGACAGUUUUCACUUGACCUCGACCUCAUUUUAUGGAUCAGUGAACAAGGUUAAGUUUUGGUGGUCAAGUCCAUAUCUCAGAUACUAUAAGCAAUAGGUCUUGUAUAUUCGGUGUAUGGAAGGACUGUAAGGUGUACAUGUCCAACUGGCAGGUGUCAUCUGACCUUGACCUCAUUUUCAUGGUUCAGUGGUUAUAGUUAAGUUUUUGUGUUUUGGUCUGUUUUUCUUAUACUGUAUGCAAUAGGUCUACUAUAUUUGGUGUAUGGCAUGAUUGUAAGGUGUACAUGUCUAGCGGGCAGGUGUCAUCUGACCAUGACCUCAUUUUCAUGGUUCAGUGGUCAAAGUUAAGUUUUUUGAGUUUUGGUCUUUUUUUCUAAUACUAUAUGCAAUAGUUCAACUAUAUUUGGUGUAUGGAAAUAUUUUAUGAUCUAUUUGGCAGUCACGCAGGUUUUAUUUGACCUUGACCUCAUUUUCAAGGUUCAUUGCUCAGUGUUAAGUUUUUGUGUUUUGGUCUGUUUUUCUUAAACUAUAAGCAAUAGGUCAACUAUAUUUGUUGUAUGGAAGAAUUGUUAGCUGUACAUGCCUGCCUAGCAUGGUUCAUCUGACCUUGACCUUAUUUUCAUGGUUCAUUGGUCAAUGUUUAGUUUACUUGGUUAAUGUUAAGUUUAUGUGACAGUUGUAAUAAAGCUUUAUAUUUAGGACUAUCAACAUAAUAUCAAUGAUUAGUAAAGAAGGCGAGACAUUUCAGCGUGUGCACUCUUGUUUGUAAUAUAUUUACUGAUACAAUAUCAUGUAACUUUAUAUUAAUUAUAAACUAUUACAUUCCAGGUAAAAAAAAAUAAGGGUUAUUUUACAAAAGCUGACACAAUCAAAUGGACUUUUUAAUAAUAACUUAUAGACAAUCUGAGAAAAUAUCCUCCUGAACUCGUUACAUCAUAAAUUGGCAAAGGAGAGGUUUGACAAUUGGGUAUAGUGAUAGUAAAAAAUCUUAAAUAAUACCCUACAGGGUUUCCUAUGUAUGAUGAGGUGGAUUUACCUCCCCUAUUUAGAAUCAGUUGUCAAAGAACAUUUAUUACAUUAAAAUAAAUGUUAAAGUUAUCAAAUAUAGAAAAAAGUGGCAGUUAGAAUAACCUAAAGUAUUUUUGUGUUGUAACACUUAUCAAAUAUACUAUCGAUAUUGGGAAGACUUUGACUCUCCAUAUUUUAUUUCACAAAAAUCAUGAAUCCCAAAAAAAUGAGAGAAAAAUUGUUGUAGUUUUCUAUACAUUUUGUAGUGCUUUGAAGUUGAUGAAUAUGAACAUGUUUAUUUUUUUUUAUGUAAAUGAGAUGUAAACAUAUCAAUCAGUUUAUUUUUGUUAAUAUUUAUAUGAAACAAGAUUUGUAUAUUUUGUAGUCUGCUUUAUGAUCAUUGAAUAUAAAUUUAUAUUUUUAAUAUGUUGUAUAUUGUAUAUAAUUAACAAAAAUUCAUUGAAUACACACCUCAUUAAAUAUAUUUUCGUCUUUGAUAAACAAAAAAAUGUGUAGAAUUUGAAAUUAAGGCCAAAGAUUUCACUUCAAAAAGAGCAUUUAUUUUAACUAAAUUUUUAAGAUUUUCUGAUAUUUGCUAAUUAAAAGAAAGAAGUGGGAUGAUGGGGAAGAAGUAUUACAUGAGUUGUUUAACAGAUACAAUCAUUAAAAAACUGCUGAUAUUUUAAUAAACAUUUGAAAUAAGCAUUGAACAUUUAAUUGAUAUGAAAACCUGUAUAUCCCAUAUCAAAGUGAGUUUUUAAAAUUAAAGGAGAGAAUAUACAAUACAGGUAUAGUUUGAUAUUACAGCAAUAAAUAUUAUGCAAUAUUAGAAAUAUUUAAAAUGAUCAAUAAUAGCAAUAAAAAGUAGACGAUUUUGUGAAAAUAGAGUGUCUAUUUACCGGGUAUACAAUUAUAUUUUUUAACUGUACUUUGAAUCAGCCAUUAUAUUCUGGUUUUUUUUCACAAUUUUAGAUUAUAAAUUUGAGAGGUUUCUUAUUUCUGGAAUGAUGGGUAAAAAUAUAAAUAUGCUAAACAGGAAAUAUUCCAUCACUCUUGACUGAAAAUAACAUAGCAUUAACAUAUUUGUUAAACUGAUUUCUCUUUGAUGUUGUUAUUCUUGAAAGAAUACUUGAUUAAUAGAUUAAUACCUGUAAGAUGUUUUUGUGAAUAGAUUGACACUAUAGUGUCUCGUAUUCUGUAUCAUGUUUAACUCCAUUCCAGCUUACUAGAAGAAAUAUCUAAUGUGAGGGUACCCAAAUUGCACCUAUUUUGACAGUUUUUUCACCUACGUUUAUUUAUGAUCCAGACAAAAGUUUCCAUUCUGUGUUUAUUUUUGUAGAUGUUUCCUUAUUUACUAUAUAGUUCCACCAAUUUAAUUUUGAAUCCAUAUUGAAUCAUAGAAAAAUGGGUUUGAACCGACCUCCAAACGAUCCAUGAUUCUGUAUAAAUGAGGAGUACCCAAAUUGCAUCCAUGCUUCAAUUCGCAUCCUUAAAAACCGAAUAACAGAUGUUUUGUUAUGUUUCUUCAAAUAUUUAGAACAAUUUGACAUUAGUCUAUGCUUACUAUUCAUUUUUGUCGAGCCUUCGACUUUAGUCGAAAAAGCGAGACAUAGCGAUCCUACAUUCCGUCGGCGGCGUCCACAAAUAUUCACUCUGUGGUUAAAGUUUUUGAAAUUUUAAUAACUUUCUUAAACUAUCCUGGAUUUCUACCAAACUUGGACAGAAGCUUGUUUAUGAUCAUAAGAUCCUACCCAGAAGUAAAUUUUGUAAAAAUAAAAUUCCUGUUUUUCCGUAUUUUACUUGUAAAUGGACUUAGUUUUCUGCCGAGAAACAUUACAUUCACUCUGUGGUUAAAGUUUUUAAAAUUUUAAUAACUUUCUUAAACUAUCCUGGAUUUGUACCAAACUUGGACAGAAGCUUGUUUAUGAUCAUAAGAUAGUAUCCAGAAGUAAAUUUGUUCAAAAAAAAUUUAUUUUUUCCGUAUUUUACUUAUAAAUGGACUUAGUUUUUCCGCCAGGAAACAAUACAUUCACUCUGUGGUUAAAGUUUUUAAAAUUUUAAUAACUUUCUUAAACUAUCCUGGAUUUGUACCAAACUUGGACUGAAGCUUGUUAAUGAUCAAAAGCUAAUAUCAAGAAGGAAAUUUUGUUAAAAUUUUGUACCUGUUUAUCCGUAUUUUACUUAUAAAUGGACUUAGUUUUUCUUCGAGUUAACAUUAAAUACAGUCUGCAGUUAAAGUUUUUAAAACAUUUAUUAGAUUCAUAAACUAUCUUCUUACAAUCAAAAGAUUACAUAGACAACAGCAAAAGUAGGCGAGACACUGGGUUCCGUGGAACCCUUAUGAAUUUUUUAAGAAAUGGAUGCUCGUAACAUAUUUUAUUUGCUCAUUUUGUGGACCAUGCAUGGCAACGUUUCCGUAGGUUUACUUUUUCGAGUGAGUACUUCAUCUGUUGAUGUAUACUGUGAACGUUAUGUGAAUAUUUAAAUAUAUUUACCUAUUUGAAAGACGAGCAUAAUGUCAAAUAAUAAAAAAAUACAAAUUGUUUAGUCCCUAAGGAAACUUGUUGAAUUUUCGCUGCUAUUUUUUCUAAAAAGGUGCAAUUUGGGUACUCGGUGCAAUCUGGGUACUGUGACGUUAUAUUAUUUGUAUACAAUAUUAAGAGAACUGAAUUAUGAUUAUUAUAUAAUAAUAUUGUGGCAGCAUAUACUUAACAAUAGUCAUCACUUUUUCUCUUGUGUUAGUAUUUUUCUAUUUUUGUUUACAACAUCAAUCAUAUUUGUAAACCUAUUGAAAAGUUAAUACAUUUUAUUGCUCUUUCACAACAAUUUUUAUUUGAUAACUUUACAGACUUUCAAAACAGAUUUUUAGAAACUAAAAGUAUAUUUAUAAGCUGAACUGAUUUCCAAAAGGCCAAAUUGUUUGAAUACUUAGAUUAAUAAAUAAUUAUAAAAAAUA